AAAGGACAAAUAGCAUGAUAAUGCAAUACAGCACUCACAAGAGCGUAACACCUUGAAACGUUCUCCGCUCACUUCGCUGCCUGUAGGAGGGUCUACUGACGUUGAGAAUUCAAAUUCAAAUAACCUUUGCGGUCGGAUCAAGCGAGGUUUAUUGGAGCACGAAAGCUUGCCCGAGCGAGUCGGCAGUAUAAACUUGGGGACCUGAGUCAAACGAAUGCUUCCGGCCAUGAAAUGAUCGCACAGGGAGUAAUUCGAGAGUACACGUCGGGGGCUCGGAGGUGCUGCUUCGACAUCCGGAUGACAAUGAUUAGUAGGCUCAGUAGAUUCGGAGAAGUCGACGGAACGGGCAAAGAUAAGCAUAGUCACACGAUUGAUAGUGUCGCGAUUGCGAGUAUGUAUGUACGGUGAAGUCAUAUUCGCUGACUACAUUCGUUGGUGUUGAUAAGAAGGUUCAUGUAAUAUCAUUUGACUGAGUCAUCGGUAGAAU